CAGCCAUCAUUGAAAGAUUCUUUUGCCGAUUCCUUGACGGGCAAGGACCAGAUCCAGCCCGAGGCCUUCUUGACCAGUGGUGCAGAUUUACGGAAUAACUUGAUAGACUUGUUGCGUCCUGUGGAGGUGUACACCACAGAGGACAGCGACGAGGAGUGGUAGAUGGGUAAGUCAGGGGGAGCUAGAGGUGUAUAAAACAUGGGAGUUAGAGGUGUACAACACAUGGGAGUUGGAGGUGUACAACACAUGGGAGCUAGAGGUGUACAACACAUGGGAGUUGGAGGUGUACAACACAUGGGAGUUGCAGGUGUACAAAACAUGAGAGUUGCAGGUGUACAACGCAUGGGAGUUGGAGGUGUACAACACAUGGGAGUUGGAGGUGUACAACGUACACCACAUGGUAGUUAGAGGUGUACAACACAUGAUAGUUAGAGGUGCACAACACAUGGUAGUUAGAUGCGGUCAACACAUGAGAGUUAGAGUUGUACAACACAUAGGAGUUAGAGGUGUACAACAAAAUCUAGUUAAAUGUGUAAAAACAUGGAGUUAAUCGUUUUACAACACAUUGUAGUUAGAGUUGUACGAAGUGUACUACACAAGAGAAAGAGGUGUAUAACACACUAGAUUCAGAUGAGCAGUUGUAGCUUGGGUACUUGGCAGAAAAGGUGUAUACGUAGGACUCAGAGCUGUACUCACUUUCAUAUUUGUACACACCUUUAGAGUUGUACACACCUUCAGAGUUGUAAACGCCUUCAGAGUUGUACAUACUUUCAGAGUUGUACACACUUUCAGAGUUGUACACACCUUCAGAGUUGUACACAUUUUCAGAGAUUUAUAAACCUUCAGAGUUGUACACACCUUCAGAAUUGUACACAUCUUCAGAGUUGUACACACCUUCAGAGUUGUACACACCGUCCGUUAGAGGUCUCCCCGUCUGAUUCAGGCUGCAGUAUUUUGUUCAAUAAUACUUUGAACCCGUCAAACAAUCUUGAUACAGACUUCAUAUUCUUCCAAUGUCCCAUGGCAACAUAAGAAAUAAGUAAUCAUAAUGAUAAAUGAACUAAUCACAAUUUUAAAAACUAACAUGAAAUGUUCUACGUAAUCAACAAUAUUCACUUAUCAGAUGUGUUAUGUAAUUAAUAUUCUUCACUUAUUACAUGUGUUAUGUUAUCAACACCAGUCACUUCUAACAUGUGUUAUGUAAUCAAAACUCGUCACUUGUUAAAUGUGUUAUGUAAUCAACACUAUGUAGAGUUCAUAAAAUUAUAAAUCAGAGGCGUAGCGAGGGUGUUUGGUGCCCGGGGACAAGAUCCAUUUUAAAGCGCCCCUUUUUCUUUUUUUCAACUCUCAAACCCAUUAUUUUCAUCAAUAAAAUAAUAUCAAAGCACAUUUUGGCGCCCCUAACUAGCUGGCGCCCGGAGCAUCUGUUCCCCCUACCCCCCUCGCUACGCCUCUGUUAUAAAUUGUUUCCUUUAUAAUCAAGUAUAUUUAUUGGUUUUUUUUUUUUUUAAAUAAAAAAGAAAACAUUAAACAAUGCUCCGACAAUUUGAUUUCUGAGACAGUCUAAAACUAACUUGGAAAUAUGUCUUCUCUAAACAGACUACCCCCCACCAGGUUCCGGUGUGUGGUAAACCAGGGCGCCACUGCCACCGAAUGGACCAAGCCAACCGCUUGUACCUAAGCAUUGAGAAGUGUUACUGCUGCCAACAACAUGACCGUGACGUCACCUUAACGGGCUUCGUGCUUUUGGCCGCAUAUAGUAUAUGAUGUCAUGCAUACCUCACCCUGAAAUUGAUGAAUACGGUUUCCAUCUAUUUUGAAUUAUUCAAACCAUUACAGCAACUAGCAGUCCCGCCUUGUUUUUCCCCCGAAGAUUUUAAAAUUUUUAAAUAAAUUAUAAAAAAAUAUAUAAUAAUUUUUAAAUAAAUUAUAAAAAAAUAUAUAAUAAUUUUUAAAAAAAGGGCUGUUGAAGUGGAUGAAAGAAAUUAAUUUGUAUACAAUAGGAAAAUUUAUCGUCACUACUGGACAUGAAAAGAAUUCUGUUUCUCUCUUGUAAACGAUUUACACUAAAUCAUCCUAGUUGAAUAUGUGUGUUUGUUAAAAUAAGAAAAAUCGUAUGAAAAUAUUUGCUGACAUUUUUAUUUAGAAAAUACCAAGAGACAAAGAGCAAACAAAAUUACCUUUAAAAAUUAGAACAAAAAUGAAUCAAGGGAAGUAAGGGGAAUCUAAUAUUCUCAAUUACUUUUUUCUAUCACCUCCCUUGCUCAAGAAAAGGGGGAAAAAAUAUUAUUAUUAUUAUUAUUUUUUUGAAGAAGAAGUUUUAACUUUAAUAUAGUAGUGAAGUCAUCUUGCCAUCUCAUAACACACUGACCCCUUGACCUAUUGACCUAGAUGUUUCAAUGCUAAGAUCUAAACAAGCCCCCCUGUUAUGACGUCAUUUUAUGCCAUGCCAAUCUUGGAAUUACCUGGAAACAAUAAUAAAUCUUGUUGGUCAUGACAUCAGCAACGCUUUC